GUUUAAACUCUUAUCUAAACUGAAUUAAACGCACAUCAAUCACACUUGAAUUGAAUCAUCUUCUUCCCAACCCUAUCUGGUUUCCAUCAUGUUGAAAGCUUUUCUAUGCUACAAUGCUUUUGGCAUAUCAACAACAACACUCUACAACUAUUCACCCUCCCAAUUUUCUGUAAAAUGCCUCACCACUACCACCACUCCACCAUCAAAUUCAUUCUCACCAGAAUCUGCAAUCAAAGCUUCCAAUAAAGUCAUUUUCAAGACCUCUAAAAAAUCAGAAUCAGUUAUCAACUUCUUCAGGACCCACGGUUUUACAGAUUCAGAUAUACAACACAUCAUCCAAAAAGAACCAUGGCUUCUUAACUGCAACCCCAGCAAAAGGUUAUUGCCAAAGUUUCAAUUUUUACUCUCCAAAGGUGCUUCUACCUCUGAUAUUGUUCGUAUAACUGUUGCUGGUCACAGGUUCAUGAUGUUAAGCUUGAAGAAUCUUGAAAAUAAGUUUGAAUUUUUUCUAUCCAAAGGUGUUUCUUCCUCUGAUAUUGUUUCAUUGUUAAUUGCAAACCCUAUGAUUUUACAAAUUAGCUUGGAGAAACGAAUAAUCCGUCUUUUUGAAUUGUUAAGUAGGUUCUUGAAAACCAACAAGGAUGUCAUUGUUUGCUUAAUUCGACAUUCAAAAGCUUUUAAUUUUAUUCCCUAUCAUCUUAUGGUAGCUAACAUCAAUUUGAUGACUGAUUUUGGAGUUUGUGAUUCUAACAUUGCUAGAUUCCUUCAAAUAAGGCCGUAUAUAUUUGGUUCAACUGAUUUGAUUAAGUCAUUGGAGGAAGUUAAGGGCUUAGGGUUUGAUCCUUCAAGGACUACUUUUGGGGCUGCUUUGAUAGCCAAGAAAUUUUUGAGUGAAGAACUUUGGGAUGAGAAAGUUGAUACCUUUAAAAAAUGGGGUUGGUCAGAUGAAGAUAUUGUUAAAGCAUUUAGGGUUAAGCCUGAUCUUUUGUUGAAUUCCGUCGAUAAGAUUAAUUUGGUGAUGAGUUUUUGGGUUAAUGAAAUGGGUUGGAAUUCCCUGGCACUUACUAAAAAGCCACAUAUGUUUGGUUAUAGUUUGGAGAAAAGGAUCAUUCCAAGGGCCUCAGUUCUGCAAUUUCUUCUGAUGAAAGGUUUGCGAGAAAAGAAUGCAAGCUUAGUUAACCCAUUUAAGUAUUCUGAGGAUUUGUUUUUGGAAAAGUUUGUUUUUUCCUUUAAGGAGGAGUCUGAUUAUCUAUUAAAGCUAUAUCAGGAAAAAAUCAAACUUGCAAAGACAAAGGAGAAAAAUGGCAUGCCAUCCACGAAUCUUGUUCUUUUGUGAUUUAAUGAAACUUGCAAAUAUAUGCAGGUUGACACAUUUCAGCUGUAGUCUUGUAACUUUAUCGCCCUUGGAGAUUCAACCCAUCUGCUGUUGGAGCACCAUGCUGCAUGUAAUAAGGCCAGUGCAGACUCGCAAAACACCUUGCAACCUUCGCCAUUGGAACUUGCGAAAAACUGAUCUAUAUCCAUGUCAGUAUCGCCCUUCACUUAACAUAUUCUAGACUGUAUCCACUGUAAGAUAGCAUGAUUGAAACUUGAACACUAAUUUGGAUGCAAACAUAGGAUUACUCAGAUCACAACAGAAGCGACAUUCAAACCUUCUACUCGAUGCCUUGCAGACACAGUUUUUGAGAUGCGACCAAACUGCAGUUGAAUAUACGUCGCUGGUCAGUCUGUAACACUCGCAGAUGGGGCUGCAACACUUCUAUAGCAGUCCUACUUUACUUGACAGUUUUCAAGCAAGUCAAUGGGUACUUGUCAAAAAAAAAAAUGAAUGGAAAAUGGAGGAUAGGUAUUUACUACACCGGACACAACAAGGUUAUAAUCACAGACAUCAAUGCAUCAUGACGAAUGAAAAGCAAGGGUGUUUGUGUCAAAAAUGUGAAAAUACUACUACAAAAUAAUAUCAUUCGAUUUGUCUUAAAAAAAUGUUGGUGCCACAUAGAAACGCAUGAUGAGCAAGGUAUUCAUACUGGUAGUAAAUGAGUUUAGCUAUUCAUGACUUAUUUGGGCUUGGCUCGUCAAAUGUUUGGUCAAGUUUGUUGACUUGGACAUGCAAGUAACUCGGUAAAACUCGGUCGGUUUUUCAUCUAGAAAGAUUAACCUUUUAACGGUUUAUUAGAAAUUAAUGCAGUGAUUUCAAUCUGUUACGUUGGAAUUCUUUUUUCUUUUUGUCAAAGAGACUGCGUCUUUUUUUUUUUUUUGUUGGAUAUUGUAUGGAGAAAAGGAUCAUUGCAACUUGCAAAUGCCUCGAUCACCAGCUGUUGGUUGUGAGUUUCUUUGCUAGAAAAGAUUUGAUAAAUAAACAGUGCAAGCCUAAUUAUACUAUGUUGUGUCCUAUUCUUUAUUGAGAA